AGAGAUAUUAUGCCCUGGGAAACCCAUUAUAAACCUGGCCUGUAGAAGAAUUGAUCUCUUAAUGAAAUACAGAACAACCGUCUCUGAAAAAAACGAAAAUGGGCAAUCGGCAUAGCCAGUCUUACUCCCUGCCAGAAGGCAGUCAACAGUUGCCCAAAGGGCCUGCCCAACCCUCGGCAGCCGUGCAGCCUCGCAGCCACCCGUCAGGGAGGGGAGAACCAGAGUCCCAUCAGCCAGCCAAAGAGAAAAGUCAUCAGGGUUUUGAUGCGGAUCGAGAUGCCAAAAAGCUGAACAAAGCCUGCAAAGGAAUGGGAACUGAUGAAGCCGCCAUCAUUGAAAUCUUAUCAAGCAGGACAUCGAAUGAGAGGCAGCAAAUAAAACAAAAGUACAAGACAACGUAUGGCAAGGACCUGGAGGAGGUGCUCAAGGGUGAGCUGAGUGGAAACUUCGAGAAGACAGCUCUGGCCCUUCUGGACCGCCCCAGUGAGUACGCUGCCCGGCAGCUGCGGAAGGCCAUGAAGGGCCUGGGCACGGACGAGGCGGUGCUCAUCGAGGUCCUGUGCACGAAAACUAACACGGAAAUCAUCGCCAUUAAAGAAGCCUACCAAAGGUUAUUUGACAAGAGCCUUGAAGCAGAUGUCAAAGAUGACACAAGUGGAAACCUAAAAAAAAUUCUGGUAUCCCUGCUACAGGCUAAUCGUGAUGAAGAAGAUAAUGUGGACAAAGAUCUAGCUGGUCAGGAUGCGAAAGAAUUGUAUGAUGCAGGGGAAGGCCGCUGGGGCAGCGACGAACUGACCUUCAACGAAGUCCUGGCCAGAAGGAGUCGCAAGCAGUUACGAGCCACCUUUGAAGCCUAUCAAAUUCUCAUCGGCAAAGACAUCGAGGAAGCCAUCGAAGCGGAGACGUCAGGCGAUCUGCAGAAGGCCUACUUGACUCUCGUGAGGAGUGCCCGGGACCUCCAGGGCUAUUUUGCUGACCGUCUGUACAAGUCCAUGAAGGGUGCGGGGACCGAUGAGGACACGCUCAUUGACAUCAUUGUGACCAGGGCGGAGGUGGACCUUCAGGGGAUAAAAGCAAAGUUCCAAGAGAAGUAUCAGAAGUCUCUCUCCGACAUGGUUCGCUCAGACACCUCUGGGGACUUCAGGAAACUACUGGUGGCCCUCUUGCACUGAAACAAGUCAAAGCGGCAGAAGCACAAGGAGGAAUCACCUUUGUCAAGAGCCCCUUCCAAGCCAGAUUGGCAAAUGCGACGCCAGCAUGAAGAACCCUCAAAGGUCCUGGUUUAUUUCCUUGGCAGCUUGAGUCGUGCAGCCAGGCCAAGCUGUUGAAGUAAAGGCAGCAGCUUUAAGACGCUUGAGUAGGUCUUAUACUGGCUGAGCAAGUAUCUGUGCUGCCUCUUAACUCCUUCAGGGUGGUAACUGAAUGCUUUCUAAGCACAAAUAAAAUCUGCAGUUGAUGAAAAAACGAUGCAUUCGUAAUAGAAUAUUUAGAAGAAUAUGCAUGGGGGUAUAUAUGUUCUGGGUAAUGAUGGAAUGAUUAAAGUGCCAGAAAGACAAAA